AUGAAGUUUCGUAAGUGUUACAUUCUUUAUUAUGUUGAAGAUGGGACAAUUAAAGUGUACGAACCGCAGCAAAAAAACACGGGGUUUCUACAGGGAACCCUGAUCAAUAGAAACAUAAUUUCGAAACCUGAAGGAGGUUACUACACUUUGGAUGACCUCAACAUUGGGGAAACUCUUAACAUGUUUGGUAAAACGUUCAAAAUACUGGACUGCGAUGACUUCACUCGACAAUUUAUGCGAGAAAUGGGCUACAGAUUAGGAACUCCUGAAAAAGAGAUUGAUGAUCCUGUUUACGUUUUCGAGACCCACUUUGUAAUUGAUUCAAAUCCUGUAAAAAGUGGGGUGGACUCUGAAGAGUAUUAUACUGCUAAAGACUUAGAUUUGGGAAAGACAAUAGAAGUGUUUGGUGCGAACGUCUUCUUGUACGACAGCGAUGAUUUCACAAAAGAAUACUACAAAAAAGAAUACAAUAAAGAACUGAUUCCAGUUUCCAUUGGAUGA